UUCUCCAGAUAAAAAUUAUUAUAAUAAUUUAUUUUUCAUAAUCCUCUUUCUCCUUGUUCCAAUUUUUCUUUUUUUUUUUUUUUUUUGCCCUUUAUUCCUUUCUCCCCCAAACACCCCCGGAGAUCUCAAGCUGGACAGACCGUCUAGAAAUCGGCAGAAACAACCAAGCAAUCACUUCUUCACGCUAUGUUGCUACAAGUUCUUUCGAUAUACAAGAAUUUGCUUCUUCAUGUUGCUCUGUCUCUCUCCCUUUCUGUUUUUAUCAUCUUCUUCAAAAUCCCAUCUCUUUUCCUUCAUGGCAUAUUCACUUACAUCCACCCUGAUAACACCAACAGCGGCGUCCGAGCCGCAAUUAGACGACCUGAAGGUUCUAGCUCCGGUUCUGGACUAAAGGGGUACCGGAACUUGUCCUCAACUGGUGGCGCUGAGAUCAAGAAAAGAACAAAGUCGAAGGACAAGGUUGAGUUUGAUGAAAGCAAGGCGCAGAUCUUCAGGUUAAAGCUGGAUGAGAAUCAUCUGCAAACGCGGAUCUAUUUCAAAGAGUACAGAGAUGGUUUCACCUUUUCAUUUGUGGGUAUUUCUUGUUUACUGCUGCAAGUUUUCGUGGGUGCAUCAAAAAAAUCUGGGGUUUGGGGAAAUGGGAUUUUUGUUCCUCUUCUGUUUGUGAUCUUUGCUGGGUGUAAGCUAUUUGUAUCUCUCACAAAGGUUGCUUUUGAGAAAUCUGCUUCGAGAACGUUGGAUAGGCAAUUGAGUUUACUCUUUGGAGUUUUUGGGUUUCUUUUUGGACUUCUAACUUGUUCUGCUUUUAGUCCUCUUAUUUUGGAUUUUGAUCUUGGUGAAAUUGGUGGUCUGGGGGCAUGCUUUAUUGCUAUCUUAAUGGGGUUAUGUGCUGGGUUUUUGUUUAUACCUGCAACCAAAAUUGCUCGAUCAUUUUGGCUCGGAACUGAUCAAAUUAGAUGCAACUUGGAUAUGGUUUACUGUGGAUGGUUUUCUCGGAUGGUUUUGUAUUCAAGUCAGGCAGCCAUGGCUUUCACCACCUUGCUGUGGGUUAACCCAUUAGCUGAAAUUUUCAUUAAGAAGAACAUUGGCGAAGGUACAAUUGGACAUAUGUCUAGUGAUCGAAAUGCUGACAGAUUGGUCGGAAGCAUUGGAUUCUCAAAGGGAGAUUUUGCCAAACUUAGGCUUUGGUGUUUGACACUGUCUGCUUUCUUGCAAAUCGUUGCAGUAAGGCAGAACUUGCAAAUGUUUCUGAACGAAGCUCUGUUAUCUUGGUACCAAAGAUUGCAUGCUGGGAAAGUUCCCGACUUGGAUUUCAGUAGAGCAAAGGUUUUUCUACACAAUCACUACUUAUGUGUGUCUGCUCUGCAGUUUUUUGCUCCACCAGCCUUAGUUUUGCUUUUUGUUGGGUUAUCUCAAAUUGAUAUUUACUCUUUCAAAAACACCAAUUUGGUAAGUUUUCUUCUUCCCUGUUCUUCUUUUGUCAACCAAGUGGCUCUGUUAAUGGCUUGGUGGAUUGUUUCUGUAAUGACUCUUUACACAUCUGCCACCAUUGUGCUAUAUCGUCGCGGUAUCUUGUACGUUUCUUGACAGUGUGAAAUAUGUGUUCUUUUUUUUUUUCUUUUUUUUCUGUCGCUCUCUCGCUAUUUUCCCGGAAUUUUGUCCAUUGAGUUUAGACUGCUGUAAGAUUUUGAGCGAAAUGAGAACAGCAAUUUGGUUCUAGCCACGAAAAUAUCCGUAUUGUGCUCUUGAACUUCAUGAAUCUUAUUGUACAAACUAACGCCGAUCGACAGACCGAAUAUGAGAUGGUUUUUGUUGCUA